UGGUUCAUCUUUUAUCAGGAGUAUUAGUCUUAUUUGCAAUGUAAAAAAACAAACAAACAAACAAACCGUUGUCAGGUGCAGGGUAACUUUGUCAUUGUUGACAGCUGCAUCAAAGGCAACCUUAGCUAGUUAGCUACAGGGGACAAACUAUUGUUGGUUAACUUUAACAGUUACAGUAGAAUCUAUUCCGUAGACUUACAAUGAGUUUAGACUCACUCUUUCAUCAAAUCCUUCUGACUGAACAACAAUUAACUGAACAGACCCAAAAACUCAAAGAAGUCAAAGUAGCCAUCAUCAGAUGUAAUGAGAAGAUCAAGAGCGCCACUGAAAGGUAUGAGAAGACCAAUGAGGAACUUAAUAAAAAGGCCCAGCAGUUGUCUGCGAUGAGGCUGCAGCAUGAUCUGAUGAAGAAAUGUGCAGACCAGAUGUCGAAGCAAAUUGAAGAGCUGCUCUGCCAGAAGAGCCACCUCGGGGAACGGCUAGCCAAGAUAAAGAGGGAGUCUAAAGAAGAAGAGGAAAACUUCCUUCAGGAGAUCUCAAGGUUCAACAGUGACUUCAGUCUUCGAGGGAACAGAGAGAUAGUGUUCGAGAGCCAAACACACGCGGAGAUCCUGGACCUGGAGAGGGAGGUGGAAUCAUUGUACAAAGAGAUGGAGCUGAUGAGCCGCAGCAACAGCCACAUGAGCUCCAUACAGGAGGAGAAGAGAGCGCUGCAGCUCAAACUACAGGACCUGGAUAGCAGUCAGAAAGACCUGGAUCGGCAGUUCGCUGAGGCUGAAGCAAUGACAGAGACUCUGAGAGCGGAGAGCCUGUUUGUCAGUCAGAAACCUCUCACUGACAGCACCUGUCUGAGGCUGAGGAAGGAGCUGGAGACGCAUAAAGAAGGCGAGCUCGAGCUUCUGAGAGAGGCGCUCAGCUCGGAAAUACAGUUCUUGAAGUCAAAGCUGGACAGCAGCCAGGGAAGUAAGCAGCAUUAGUUUUGGCACAGUGAUGAUACAGGAAGGUUACAUUGGUUCAUUGAUCAUCUCUUCUGUUAAAAAACAUACAUGCUGAUGAAUAGACGGGAGCGAAAGGCUUGAAAGAAGUCAGGAAGGAAACAAAGGGAGGGACGUGUGUGUGUGUGUGUUCUUUAAUAUUUACCUAAAAAGUUACAUGAAAAGAGCAAAUUUCGUUCUGGGAGUCUUGUUAACAAAAUGUUAGUGUUGACACUUGUAAACUGUUACUGGAAAAGCUGAUACAAAACAGACAUACAAUAUCACAAUUGAUAAAUCUUUUAAGUGAAACAUUUAUUUUUUUUUACCUUUCAUUUUCAAGCUAUACACUGCAGGUCUGUUUCUACCUUCAAGUAGUUGUUUUAAUGAGAAAAUGUAAGCUUUUUAUGUCUAAUUUAGUUGCUCAGGACAAACAACUAAGCUCAUACACAUGCCUUGUGAACAGAAUGACAUGUGCGUCAUCCCUUGCAAAUAAAGGAGGCAUUCAAAAAGUGAUUUAAUACUGCCCUCUAGUGUACAAAGAGUAACAUUGCUAUAAUGGGGGUUGAGUCAAAACAGAUGCUUAGAGACUGAAUUAGCAUUGAACAGCAUGUAAUUCAAUCACUGACAUUGGAACGAAUGCAAUAAAAUAAAAGCACUUACUUACUUUCA